UCAAAGCGUCCUUGAAUGAAGUGCGAAGAGUGCUAACCACAGGUGAUGAAGUCAUUGUACAGCCACCCACCCACCAUGAGACCCUGAACCAGAUGAGAGCUUGCAGCAGACCACUCAGGAAGCAGACAGGAAGACGCAGCUCUCAGCAUACAAGCGGGUUCAUAGCCGGCCUUCUGGACCUACCCAAGUAAGAUGUUGUGUGGCAACCUUCUCGGGCUCACCUGCGCCUGCCUGAGCUUCAUUCUGGGGCUCACUGGCAUCCUCAGUGACUAUUGGCUGGUGAAUUUUGGAUCGGACCUUUUCCAUGAAGGCAUCUGGCAACGAUGUACCAAUAACGCAUGCAUUAAAAUCAGCGGGAGAGGGUACAUCGAUGCCACCCGCAGCCUUCUCAUCCUUUCCACCGCUCUGCUCCUGUUUGGGAUGGUGUUUUCCUGCCUGACAUUUUUCAAUUAUCACAUAGGCCAGUUCACAGCCUCCCUUGCAGCUGGUGCUCUGGAAGUCUUAUCAGCGAUGUUUCUUCUUAUCGGAUUGACGGUGUACACAUCUGAAACGGCUCAUAACGUCCUCAACAGUUCCUACAACUUCGAGUGGUCGUUCUUCCUCUGCUGGACCUCAGGCGUCUUCUUGGUUAUUGCAGCAACUUCCCACAUCCUGGCGCACAAAUCCACACCGCAGACUGGGUAUGAAUCUCUGUGAGAAGGAAACAUCUUCAACGGCCGCCGGAGAUAACUUUGGGAACUUUUAUCUUUCAACAUCUACAGUAUUGGGAGGGAGAAGGAUUUUUGUCGCCUCCUACUGGCCACUUAUAUAAAUUGUAUAA